UUGAAGGCACUUGGUGGUGGUUGGCGACAAGCUGGCGUGUUAGCGGCAGCAGCGCAUAUCGCACUUGACAGAGCCGAGGAGACCGCAAAGAGUGAUCAUGCGAAUGCUAGAAUUCUCGCAUCCGGUAUUAAUAGCAUCACUCCAAAUGCUUUGAAGCCUGCUAUUCGUGCUUUUGAAAAUGGUAUCACAAACAUUGUAAUAUUGGAAUGUGGUGAAAGGAUUACACCUAAUCAAGUUUGUUUGUAG